AUUCCAAAGUGGGGAUUAGAUCGGACGGUGGGGAUUCCCCGAGAAGGAACUAAAGAAGAGGGCAUUAAUAGAAGUAUGUUUAGAGGAAGAUUUGUCAGAUUGGAGGUUUUGGUAUGUAGCCGUGCCUGGCAGCGUGACUUUUCAUGGAUUUUUUCUUUUUGGAAAUCGUGGGGUUGGUAUCGUUAAUAAUGUAAAACCCCAAGGGUAAAAAAGGAAUCUUGGAAUGAAGCGGGACAAGUAGGCGUAUCCGAACUCCAUUGUUGGGCAUUUGAAAUUCAAAUGCGAAGCUCUCGUUGGUUGUCGUGGUUGAAACACUUUUUUUGUCUCUCUCACACGACACGACCCACAAAGUUUUUGAAUUUUUGGAUUUCAGUUGCAAGAGAGUGACAUUCUUCUCCCCCUCCCCUACACAAAAAAGCCUGCAACUUUUCUCCUCUUAAGUUUUCACUAUUGAUAUCUCUGUUUCGUCUCUGGUUUCAUGGGGGGUUCUGGGAAAUGGAUGAAGGUUCUUAUAGGACAGAGGAAGUCUGAUAAGGAAGACAAUGUGAGCAAAACUAAGAAAUGGAGGCUAUGGAGGAGCCCUUCAGGGGAUUUGAGCUCUGCUUGGAAGGCUUAUAAAGGGGCACAUAAGACAGCUUCUGAAGGCUCUCAUUCUCCUCGAGCCCCUGAUUCUUUCACCGUCGCUGUCGCCACCGUCCUCCGUGCUCCGCCCAAAGAUUUCAGGCUUGUUCGCCAAGAAUGGGCUGCAAUUCGUAUCCAAACUGCAUUUCGCGGUUUCUUGUCUAGGAGGGCUCUUAGGGCGUUGAAGGGAGUGGUGAGGCUUCAAGCUCUGGUGAGGGGUCGUUUGGUGAGGAAGCAGGCAGCUGUUACCCUUAGGUGCAUGCAGGCUUUGGUUCGAGUUCAAGCUCGAGUCAGGGCUCGUCGUGUGAGGAUGUCGGUCGAGGGGCAGGCUGUGCAGCAAUUGCUUGAUGUACAUCGCAGCAGGGCUGAUCUCUUGAAGCAAGCUGAGGAGGGUUGGUGUGAUAGCAAAGGGACAUUGGAAGAUAUCAAAGCUAAGUUACAAAUGAGGCAAGAUGGAGCAUUUAAGAGGGAGAGAGCCAUUGCAUACUCUCUUGUUCAAAAGCAAUUGAAGGCAACACCAAGCUCAACCUUGCGAACGGAUGCUUCGGUUUACGCUCUUAAGAAUUAUAAGUUCGACAAGAACAAUUGGGGAUGGAGUUGGUUGGAGAGAUGGAUGGUGGCGAAGCCAUGGGAGACGAGGUUGAUGGAACAAUCUCGCACUGAUUCGAUUGAAGUCACUCCACCUUCAAAGAGCUGUACAGAGUCUGUUUUGUCUAAAUAUUCCAAAGGUUCUGAACCAAGUUUGGUGAAAGUUCGGAAGAACAAUGUAUCAACUAGGAUAUCUGCUAGACCUCCCUCAAGUGGGCAAACUCGUUCUUGUUCUAGCCCAAGUUCUGAUUUCUGGUAUGAUGAGAGCUCUGCUUCAUCUUCAAUCUGCACAUCGACGACUCCCGUUUCAGGGCAUGCUUUCUCAACCAUAGAAAGAACAGAUAACAGCAGUAACAGUAGGCCGAGUUACAUGAACCUUACCGAGUCAACAAGGGCGAAGCAGAAGACAAAUAGUCACUUGUCGCUCCGAAUUCAAAGGCAGUCCAUGGAUGAAUUUCAAUUCCUUAAGAAGUCGGCAGCUUUCUCCAAUGGGGAUUCUAAGAGCAGUGCUGGCUCUGAUUCAUCAGUCAACCCCUUCAAGCCAUUGAUGCUGCCAACACAACUGGGUAAGAAUGGAACAAAGCUAAGGUCAUGAGCAAUUAGAUAGAGCCCUGUUUCUGGUCAUUCUAGAAGAAGAGUUCUGCACUGCCUUAUUUCUCAAUUCCUUCCGUCAAAAUUGUGUAUCACUAGAGAGAGUUUGUAUUGUUUCAAAGGCACGUUGAACUAAAACAACCUGCAAUGUCCAAUGGAGAAUGGCUCGUUCUUUGUAUUAUA